AUGCAAGGCAGAGGCGCAACCAUCCUGGCCCUGUUGGGCUUCAUGCACGGCCCGCUCCAAAUCCUAAUAGAGGCCCGGGCCGUGACCAGACCAUCAGUACCGGCGAUCGCUAGGAGCCACCAAAUUCUACCCAGAGAUGAAGAUGAGAUUGUUUGGGUCGGCAUGCCGAAGAUCGAGUGGGGAAAGCUCACAGAUGCCGAAGUCAUACCAGGGGAAGUGUAUGGUGUCACAGCUGAUUCGCACGUGGAGCAAAAGCUCGGCUCGAAGAUGUUGUACGUCAAGGCUGGCACAACAGAGCGCCUCAAGCCGGAAGUAGACGCCUACAAAAAGCUCCAAGGCACAUCGAUUGCCCCCAACUUCCUGGCGCUUGUCACGCAGAACAAAAAGGUUGUCGCGUUUGUGCUUCAAUACAUUGAAGCGGACAGGGCGACUCGGAACGAUGAGGACAAGUGCCGGAAAGUGCUUGACGCCUUACAUGAAAAAGGAUUAGUCCAUGGGGAUGUGCACUCGGACCAGUUUCUCAUCGACAAGGAUGGCAAGGCAUUGCUUCUCGACUACGCCAAUUCCAAGCUGCUGCCAGAGGAAAAGAAGGGGGCAGAUGAGAUGAUCAAGGCAGACAACGACAAGUUCAGAAUCGCUUUUCUGAAUACGGAGAUGUACGGGUAUAGAUAA